AUGAUGUUGACCCAGACACAUUACCACAACUUUACUUUAUCAGUGAAACUAACACAAUUUGCUGAUUCUGCUGCUAUGCCUUCCUCUUUCUUUGGGAUUUCGCUCUCCCUGAUUAUCAUCAACAUGGCCUCCAUUAUGGAGAGUGCUGAUGAAAAUCUCCUUCCAGGUGUUUACAAAGAGGCCAGUGAAGCUUUUAACGCAGGGCCAUCCGAUCUCGGGUACCUUACUUUCAUUCGGAAUUUCGUGGAGGGGGUGGCAUCUCCGAUGGCGGGUAUUCUAGUAAUUAACCAUGAUCGCUCGACAGUUGUUGCCCUGGGCACCCUGUGCUGGGCUUUAUCAACAGCAGCAGUGGGUGUAAGCCAGUAUUUCUGGCAAGUUGCGUUUUUGAGGGCGGUGAAUGGGUUGGGUCUGGCUGUUGUGAUACCGGCGCUUCAAUCUUUGAUUGCUGAUAGCUAUGACGAUUGUUCGAGGGGGGGUGGGUUUGGGUUUCUGAAACUAACUGGUGCUUUGGGUGGCAUAGGAGGUGGAGCUGUUGCUACGGUCAUGGCUGGCUACGAGUUCUGGGGCAUACCUGGGUGGCGUUGUGCCUUCAUUAUUAUGGCAACACUCAGUUGCUUAAUUGCCUGUCUUGUGUUUUUGUUUGUGGUUGACCCAAGAGGAACAAUUAUCAUUCAUCAGGAGUCGUCUGACGUGAACACCGAAAGGUAG